AGGAGGAAGAACGCGGCUCUCCCUCCUCCCUCGCUGUGGCAGCCUCCAUCCUCCUCCUCCUCCUCUGGUCACAUCCAGUCCGCAGGAGUCUUUUCUUCGCAGGGGACGUCGUUGUUCCGUAUUUUUAUUUUCUGUCUUGGUGGAGCUGAACACCAGCAUGGAGAUGAUGAGCAACCAAGAGCGGCGCAGCGUCAGCCUCCGUGGCUUGCUGAGGAGGAACUGGCUUCUGAUCGCCACUGUUGUGUCAGUGCUGCUCGGGAUCACUUUAGGGGUUGUAGUCAGAGAGUAUGCAUCUCUCUCCCACCUCGACAAGCAGUAUUUUGGCUUCCCGGGAGAGAUCCUGAUGCGAAUGCUGAAGCUGGUCAUCCUUCCACUCAUCAUUUCCAGCAUGAUAACAGGUGUCGCAUCCCUGGACUCUGAAGUGUCUGGAAAGAUUGGUCUGAGAGCUGUAAUCUAUUACUUCUCAACAACCAUCAUCGCAGUUAUUCUGGGAAUUAUUUUGGUGAUGACUAUCAAACCGGGGGUCUCACAGGAAGCUGAGCACAUUGACAGAACUGGAACAACUCCCAAUGUUACCACAGUAGACACACUCUUAGACCUACUCAGAAACAUGUUUCCAGAAAAUCUGGUGCAGGCCUGUUUUCAGCAGUACAAAACUAAUCGCAAAGAACUGGAGGCGGUGAACGCUUCAGCUAACAACACCACAACUACAGCUGCACCGCUCACAACUACCAUCAUGGCAGCAGUGGAGAACAUCACUAAGGACUAUCAAAUCGUUGGAGCGUAUUCAGAUGGGAUCAACGUGUUGGGCCUGAUCGUGUUCUGCAUUGCUUUUGGCCUCGUCAUUGGGAAGAUGGGAGAAAAGGGUCGAAUCCUCCUGGAAUUCUUUGAUGCCGUUAACGAAGCAACAAUGAAACUGGUCCAAAUAAUUAUGUGCUACAUGCCUGUCGGGAUCCUGUUCCUUAUUGCUGCAAAGAUCAUUGAGGUGGAAGACUGGGAGAUCUUCAAGAAGAUGGGUCUUUAUAUGGUGACUGUGCUGAGUGGUCUAGCUAUCCAUGGUGCCAUCUGUCUGCCACUCAUCUUCUUCAUCAUAGUGAGAAAGAACCCGUAUACAUUCACACUGGGAAUGGCCCAGGCGCUGGUGACAGCACUCAUGAUGUCCUCCAGCUCCGCUACCCUACCUGUCACCUUCCGAUGUGCCGAAGAGAACAAUCGAAUAGACAAGAGGAUCACCCGUUUUGUGCUACCAGUGGGUGCCACCAUCAACAUGGACGGCACAGCACUCUACGAGGCGGUGGCAGCAAUCUUCAUCGCCCAGCUGAACAACUUUGAUCUGGAUGUGGGCCGGAUUGUCACCAUCAGUAUAACAGCGACAGUCGCCAGUAUUGGAGCAGCAGGAGUCCCCAACGCGGGGCUUGUCACCAUGGUGAUUGUCUUAACAGCGGUCGGAUUACCUGCAAGUGAUGUCACUCUGAUUGUCGCCGUUGAUUGGCUGCUGGACCGCUUCCGUACGGUGAUCAACGUUCUGGGCGACGCUUACGGAGCCGGCAUCGUUCAGAAACUCUCCAAUAGGGAACUCGAGAGGAUGGAUCUUAUAUCAGACGUGGACGUCGCCAACCCUUUCGCUCUGGAAGCAACUUUGGACGACGAGGAAUGCGAGAAGAAGUCCUAUGUUAAUGGAGGCUUCACCGUCGACAAGACAGAUGCCAUCUCCUUCACAGAAACCUCUCAGUUCUAGUCCGGACCGGCUCAGAGGAGCAAAAGCUGCCAUCAUGCAUCAGCACCGGGAGGAUGGAGGGAAACUAUCCAACCAGCCCAUCCAAGCUCAGACAUCAGCAAUAGCAGUCUUUAUCCAGCUUAGACAUCAUCAUCAUCACCUUUCUAACAAACACUAGAUUCAAGUGCUUCCUUACGACACUCAAACUGUGCCAAGAUUAAGAAAAGACCUUUUCUCAUGUGAACAGUGUUAGUUUGAAUGAAUGUGUGCACAUGUGGAUAUUCUUUUUAGUGUGUGUGGGUCCGGAUUGUGCAAAUAAAAAGACAAAAUAUCAGUAAAAACUAAUAAAAGUCCAAAUUUGCUUCUUGAUUAGACAGUAACACUGCUGGGUGGCUGUUGUUGAAUAUCUACGUCCCAUAAUGCACUGCUUGUACUUUAAUAUCACCGUAUAUCUACAUGUGUGUUUAAAUUGUGCCAAACGAGUUUUUCACUGAGCUGCAUGAAGCGACGUGUUAGAGAUGCUAGUGGCUGGUUUUUACCGCGGGGAGUCCUGAGAGACGAAGGCUGAAGAACACUGUGAAACAAGAUGUCUUUUUCUGUUUUAUGGAGCCAAUUCGCCGGCAUUUAUUGAUGUAUUUCAAACUAUGAGAGGAUAUAAAGUGUGUUUAUGGGAUGUGGGGGAAUCUUAUAUCUUAUUAUAUAAUCAAAAAUGUACAAAUUCAAACAAGCUUGAGUCAUUUAUGUCAUCUAUGUUUUUCCAAGGGCUUUGACCCAAUAAGACACACGUGUUUUCAUGAGUUUGGAUGCUCAGAUAUGACUAAUUUCUGCUGACUUUCAUCUGUAUGAAUUAGUAAGCUAGAACACCUUGGAAAGGUUAAAGUAAAUGCAUCACAGU